AUGGCUUCAACCACGCCUCAGACGCCCAAAAGUGUCAUCGUCUUCGGCCCAACUGGCAACAUCGGUUCCUACUGCGCGCGCACAGCGGCUCAGCAUGGAGCCAAAGUCCACCUCGCUAUGCGCGACACCUCGAAAUCUAUCCCAGGCCUCUCCUCUGAACAGGAAAAGGAAGGUCCCUUCGCCCGAGUUCAAGCAGACCUGACAGACCCGGAACUCGUCGCCUCAGCAGUAUCCCACUCAAGCGCCAAGCACGCUUUCAUCUACGCCGCCCAUGGCUCUAAGGACGCUAUGAAAUCCACAAUCCAAGCCCUCAAAGACAACGGAAUUGAACUGGUCGUCUUCUUGAGUAGCUUCACCGUCCCUAGAUCAAUAAGAGACGUUCCGCGGAGCGAGGUGAUUCCCUAUUGGCAUGCCACUGUGGAAGUAAGUCUAGAAGACGUCUACGGCGCCGGGAACUUCGUGGCUCUCAGGCCCGGUGCCUCCGCCACAAACUGUCUACGCUGGGCCUCUAGCGCAAAUUUAGGCCACGUCUCGCUCUACGGCCCCAAAUUCAAAAUGGACUGCAUCACGCCCGGUGACAUGGGCCGUGUCGCUGGGACCAUCCUCGCCAACGGACCUCAAGAUGGUGACACGCAUGUCUACCUCUACGGACCUCAGGUACUAAUACAGCAGGAGAUGGUAGAGACGAUUGGGAAAGCUGUGGGUACGGCGGUGGAAGUGAAGGGACAAACGCCGGAGGAGGCGACGGAGCAGUUCGUCAAGGCGGGGUCGCCGAAGCCGGUUAUUGAUUAUAUGGUGUUGAGAUUAAGUGAUGAUGAGGCUCAGGCGGUGGAGAGGAUGCGGUAUGAGGAGAGGGUGGGGAAUGUGAAGAGGUAUACGGGCAGAGAGUCACAAGGGUUUGAGGAGUGGGUGGGGGAGAAUAGGGAGUUGUUUGCUUAG